AUGUCUGAAAAAGCAAAAGAUAUUCGAGCAACAAAGCGUGUAAACAAACCAAUUCAAGCAAUUAAAAGACUGAAAGAUCAUUUCCAUAAAUUAGGCAAGAAAAAUAAAUCUGCGGCAGCGGAUACUGUUUCACCAGUCAUUCGAAAGGCAGAUGUCCCAAACGGGACAACUGAUGCAUCACGCACUACCGACACAUCUCGUAGUAUAAUUGCCCAUUCCGUCGAAUCUAUUUGUAACGUUGAACCAUCACAUGAAACAAUUAUUGGCCGUAACAUCGGACCAUCACGCGAAACAAUUAUUAACCGUAACGUAGAACCAUCACGUGAAACAAUUAUCAGCCGUAGCGUUGAACCCAUCGAAUUGCGUGUUAUUAACGUUUCCAGUAACAGUGAACCGAUACGUAAUGCUGACCUUUCUCGUAACAUAGUUACUCCAAAAAAUAUGAAUCAUUCCCAGAACUCUGCGAUAAUCCAUAAUAGUACGACAGACAUCCAAAUGCCAAAUACAUCAUGUAGCACAAUUGGUGACAUUUCGCGACACCCGGAUGUACCGAGUGUG